AUGGCACAGGAUUUCUUCAGCAAUCUUAAGAAUGAACUAGCUGUACAGCUAGAUAAAUCUUCAGAAAAUGCAGAUAUCUUUAUUAAUACUGAGACAGAGAAUAAUAUCAAGAUAAAGAAUAAUACUACAGCAAAUAAGAAAUCUGAGAACUCUAUUAAGAUACUUUUGGAGACAAAUAUAGAUUUAUCUCUACAAGAUUCUGCCUGUCCAGCAGGUUCAAGCUUACAAGAAUCUUUACAAGAAUAUCUGUUACCCAAAAGAGUUUCCAUACCAGAUAUGCUAUUACCUAUUGUGCUUGAGAAAUGCAUGGACCUUGAUAAAUUGCUUUUGACAGAUCUGAAUAACUUGCCAUAUUCAACUGAAGAUGAAAUAAAUAAUGGAAACAAGAAGAAUGAGAAACUGAGUAGUAGUAGAAAGUGA